AUGUCGCUGUUCCGGCGGCUGUUCCACCGGCGGCCGCCCGAGGGGCUCGUCGAGAUCUCCGGCAACAUUUUCGUGUUUGACCACUGCUUCUCCACGGAUUUCUUUGAAGAAGACGAGCUGAAACCGUACAUCGGAGGCAUAUUGAAACAGCUUCUUGGGCGCUACUCCAUUGACUCAUUCAUGGUAUUCAAUUUUGAGGGAGGCAAGAAGGAUAACCAAAUUGCUAGCAUUUUCUCCGAUUUCGAAAUGAGUGUGAUGGGAUACCCACGGAACUAUGAGGGAUGCCCCUUGCUCACCAUGGAGAUGAUUCAUCAUUUUGUGAGGUCUAGUGAAAGUUGGCUCUCAUUAGGCCAGGAAAACUUCUUGCUUAUACAUUCAGAACAGGGGGGAUGGCCGGUCCUUGCUUUCGCGUUGGCAGCCCUACUGGUUUAUCUCCGAAGAUCUAAUAAUGAGGGGAAGGCAUUGGAGAUGGUCUACAGACAGGCACCACCUGGGCUAGUUGAGCACUUCUCACCACUCGACCCGGCUCCUUCUCAGCUGAGAUACUUGAAGUAUGUGUCAAGACGGCACAUAUCACCAGACUUAUGGCCUCCGGCUGAUAGAAUGAUGAAUUUGAAUUGUGUAAUCAUCAGGGGGGUACCAAAUUUUGAUGGAAAGGGGGGAUGUAGACCAAUAUUCCAGAUUUAUGGUCCAGAUCCUUUUGUGCCUGGUGACAGAAGUACUAAAGUUCUCUUUUCAACCCCGAAGACAAGUGAUUUUGUCGAGCUUUACACACAGGAAGAUUCUGAGAUAAUCAAGUUUAAUGCCCGGUGUCCUGUUCAAGGAGACGUUGUCAUGGAGUGCAUUAGCCUGGAUGAAAACUUUGAACAUGAAGUGAUGGUGUUUAGGGUCAUGUUUAACACGGCUUUUAUUGAAGACAACCUGUUGUUACUUGGUAGGGACCAGAUUGACAUUCUGUGGGACACAAAACACCGGUUUCCUGUAGAUUUUAGAGUUGAGGUUAUAUUUUCGGAGAUGGACACGAUCACAUCGCUUCGCACAUCUCAAUUAUCAAGUGAGGAUAAGGAAAGCUUUUAUAGGGUUGAAGAUGCAUUCAGUCAUGUUGAGUGGUCAACCAAAAGCAAUCACGUCACAACUGAUGCAACAGAACAGAAUAGAUCUAACAGCAAGCACGAUGGCUUUGAUGUGAUACCUCUUCAGGAAACAGAAAGCAGCAAUACCACAUCUGAAAAUAACUUGCUAGGAACCAGAUCUGUCCAGGUUAUUCAGAUCGAAACAGAACACAACCAUUAUUCAGCGCCAAAGUUUGAGGGUGUCAAAGAUGCUGUUGCUGAUGAACAUUCCUUGCCUGAACCUAAUUCUCUUGCAUCAAAAUCUCAAGAGCGUGAACUUUUUGAAGAUUCAUCUGCAGGGGAGUUGCCAAAAUGGGAUACCACCAAGAACAACCUCGACCCUGAGCUGCCCUCGACGAAUUCACGAGACCCGGAAGCUGCUGGUGAUGCUGCUGUUGCUGAAUGGUCAGACACCAACACAGACACGUUCCUGUCAGAUACUCCUUCAAGCAGCUCUCCAUCAAGCCCCCCAAAAUUCGAUGAAGAUUCCAUGGAAGCUGGAACUGUUGAAAUUCAGACUCAACCAGCAGAACCUCAAAGAUGUUGAAAUUAUAAAAUGAUUUCUCCUACUGUAAAUUGGGGCAACGCCGAUCCCAGGAGCUGCCCAAAAUGUAGUGACAUACGUUGAUACAUAUACACCUGCACAGUAAAUUGGUAAAAAAAUGGUGGUUUCACCACGAAGCAUGUACAGUUGUUUCCUUUGGUAACUGGUAAACAUGUAAGAAAAAAAAAUCAGAUUGUCUCCAAAUUUUGGAGAAAUUGAGUUCUUGCUGUGCAAUGUGCGAUGCAACUUUGAAACAAAAUACUAUAUCAUUUGAGAUGUGAACUCCA